AUGGAAGACCCCCGAGCCGAAUGUCUCUCCCGUUCAAUAGCUGACUCCGGUGAGGAGUGGGCGGGUUGUAAUUCUCUGUCUUCUUCGAUGCAGUCCUUGCUGGUUUGUCGCUGCUGCCUCACUUGGUUGAAGACAGUGGAUGCUAUAGUCCCUCUUAUGAGCACCUGCAUCCCUUGGGCUUCGACAUUGAAGCACCAGAUUCUAUCAGGGUCUGUACCUGUAGUGAUAUCCCUUUCCUGUGUUCAAGCGCUGUCUCAGCUGCCACCCCAGCAGCGGGGCUCCCUGGUUUGUCUACUUGCUCGAGCUGCAGAGACCUCUCUCUUUCUGGACUUUUCGCGGAGUGCAGGCUUGUCAGCCCUGCAGGGCCCAGCCGCUUCCUUAGGUCGAACCCUGUUCUCCCGUAUGCGCUUUGCUGUUGAGCUGUCGGUGGAUCUCGAGGAAUGGGACCUUUCCCUUGGUGGGUUUGUCGCAGAAUUGUGCAAACUUAUUGCCCGCAGUGGAGCCCGCCUCGAAUCGCUGCAACUCAGAGGAUCCGUUCUUCAUCAACGCAUGAGGGUCAUCCUUGCAUCCGGAUGCCGUCUUGACACCUCCCACAAAUUGUCAGAAUACCCUAGCCCCAGAAGCUGGAGCAGCAGCGGGUGGGAUCCACCGAUAGUUGAGAGCACAGACCACCAGGAGGGCUUCGAGAUUUGUGCUCAGCUUACCCAUUCACGUGGCAAAUGGGAGGAAGCUCAGUCAAUGAGCAGUAACGAUCCCCCUUCUUCAUCUCUUCCGCCUUCCCCGUCUGCAUGCGCAACGGUGCAGAAAGCCCCACUUGCAGCCUUAGCACCAACAGCACUGCGGCCAUCUUGGAUGUCGGGUCUUGCAAAAGAGCCCCACGAGCAACAAAGAACAUCGCGGACGCUGUUUUCGCUGCCCAGCCUUAAGCGACUGACGGUUGAGGGGUUUCAGCUGCUGGAGUUUUUUGACGUGCCUGGGCUUCUGGAGCACGCCAUGACCCUUACGUCGGAAGUUCUGAAGAACGAGUCGGCGCAUAGUGGUAGACUGGGGAGGACCCCACUUGAGCGGAAUACCUUUGCUCAACAGGGGCCCCUGCAACUUCCUGUUCAUAGGCAUUGGGGGGCAGACAUUUCGUAUAUCCAUCCUUGUCUUGCUGUUCGAUUUGCUACUCUGAACUACAGCCACCUCCGGACAAUGCAGGUGGCGGGAUUCCUACUCCCAGUAGCAAAGGCGGGCAUCAUCAGGUGGAUCAGGAGAGCGCUAGCUUGCGAUUGCACCCGCUGCGCCCCGAGCGAGCAACCACACGGAGCCCGAACCGGAGCAGCCGCCGACAAAAACCCCUCCAAGGAGGACAAAAGCAUGGCACGUGGCCCACAGGAAAGGGUCCUUGGGGGCCCCCGGUACGGGCAGACCUUAGAGGUCCAGUGCCACGAAUGCGUGGAACUGCAGCAGAGUGAAACAGGGAGAGAGGCUUGGGGCGGUCCUCCACGCAUGCCAGCACUGCAGUUAUUGCGAGUGGACGAUAUCACUUUCCUCGCUUUUGUCUCAUCUCCUAGGCUGCAGCAGCUCGAGGUGAACGUCUGCGCGAGCGGAGAAUGGCCCCUUUUGUUGGAGUUCCUUCGAAUGUAUGGCACUCACCUAAAGGUACUCUGUGUGUGGGCAGAAGACCUGCCACCCACAUGGCUUGGGCCAGCUAAUCAAUCCGAGAAAUAUGAAGGCAUGGGUAUCUGCGGGUCUACACCAGAGACAAUGCUACUCGUAUCCUACAUUCAGCGGCGGGGCCUCCCCGAGGGCUUCUCCCACAAGACUUGCGUGUACAAUCCGUGGGGUGUGCGCAGAGCCUCUGGCAACUGGUUAGGAUCCCCCACCCUGCCAGAAUUGGUGAGCCUGAAGGGCCCCAGCUGUAUACUUGCAGAGUUGAGUGCCUUUCCACGCGCGCUGCCAUCCCUCCGGCAAUUAGACACCUGGGGUGAUAAGGGGAGGCUCACAGAGUUUCUAAGGGAGAAACGGCAUGUGGAAACAGUACGUAUCCGAGGCACCAACCACAGUGAUGACGCAUUCCGAUGGCUUGGAACCAGCAACGCCCGUAACGGAGGGGGAGACGAGUCUCAGCCUUCCUUCAUGGGGCUCCCCCCCAAAUCCCAUCCUUUCAGACUUUCUCCGUCAGUCACCCCUAUGCGGGAAGCACUCGCGAUCAAGGAAUACUCCGGGCCAGGAGUUCCCUUGGAAGCCUCCAUGCUCUGUCCUAGACUCACCAAGCUCGAACUAACCGAGCGAGCCGAUCUAGCGGACCGCUUUCUCCUAAAUGGUGGAGCACCCCAGUUGGAGGUAUUGCUCUAUGCUGGCCGCUUGACAGUACCGCGGGAAGACCUCGCGGAGGCCUCCCGGAGCCUUCGACGCCUCAGAGUGCUGCAUGCAUUCGUCUUGGAUGUCGCCAACUUCACAAAUUAUACUUGCAAUGUGCAUGCAGCAGAGCGCUCUGCCUCCUCUCUUGCGUGCCAGAGUCUCACCAUUGACCCUAUGGGCGUCUCUUCUCCACCAGGGGGAUCUUACUCUCCCGGAACGGACGAAGAGAAGACUUCGGACAGCCCCUGUACUGUCUCCACAGGAGGAGCGUUCCUUGAUGGUUUACAGCAAUUGUACGUGCACCGCCUCAUGACAUCUCCCGCAACAUUCACCGAAUACUUAAGGGCUGCAAGACGGCUGCGCAUGGUUGGGUUCCAGCGAUGCCUCGGAAUCAGUUUGUUUGCUAUCGUUUGCACACUGGAGUCUUUUGGUUUCAAGAGACUUGAACAAGAUAUACUACCAAACCCUGAAUGCAGGGCCUUUGCACACUUCCUAGAGAGGGGCGUCCCCGAUAGGUUUAUUGUGCUUAAGAGGGAUGACUGA